AUCGAGAGGUGCGCGUUAGUGUUAGUCACGUGAUUGGGGUGAAGAUGGCGGACUCGGAGAUGUGUGUCAGGAGCAGCCGAGAGUUAUGGACUAUCUUGCUGGGGAGAUCUGCACUCCGAGAACCGGGCCAAAUUGAAGCUGAAUUGAAUCGGAACUGGGAGAGACUUCUGCAGGGUCUGUCCUUCUACAAACCACCCAGCACGUCGGCCGCAGACAAGCUGAAAGCAGAUAAAAACACAGCACAAGCUCUCAAAGACUUUGGACUCAGGAUCAGCAAACUUCUCGGUUUGGAUGAACAGCAGAGCGUGCAGAUUUUUCAAUGUUACCUUCAGGAGGACUACAGAGGCACACGAAACACACUCAAGGCGGUGCUGCAAGAUGAGAGACAGAGUCAAGCUCUGCUUCUGAAGAUAGCAGAUUACUACUAUGAAGAGAGAUUGUGUGUUCUGCGCUGCGUUCUCCACCUCCUAACAUACUUCCAGGAUGAGAGACAUCCAUACAGGGCAGAGUACUCCAACUGUGUUAGUCAGCUGGAGAAAGAUCUGGUGUCCAAUUACAGGAAGCAGUUUGAGUUGCUGUCCAAAUUAGAAGCUCCAACAUGGGAGACGCAUGGAAACCUGAUGACGGAGAGGCAGGUGUCCCGCUGGUUUGUGCAGUGUCUAAAGGAGCAGGCCCUUCUGCUGGAGAUCUUGUUCCUGUAUUAUGCAUACUUCGAGAUGCCGCCCAAUGACCUUUCCACAUUCACACGGCUGUUUAAGGAGCAAGGCUUUGGACUGCGGCAGACUAAUCGACACCUUGUGGACAAGAGCAUGGAUGCACUGGUUGAACGCAUUGGGUAUUUUAGUUCUUUGAUUCUUGUGGAGGGGAUGGAUAUCGACUUCCUGCAUAAAUGUGCUCUGGAGGACCGAACCGAGCAGCAUCAGUUUUAUGACCAACAGGAUGUUUGCAAGGAGAUGGAUCAGAUGCUGUUGACUUUUGGUGACAUCUCUCACCACGGGCCGGUUCUGUUGGCGUGGGUUCUGCUGCAACACACACUGCAUCCAGAGGAAGUCAGCUCUGUGAUCAGACGUCUAGGUCACACUACGCUUCAGCUGGGAGUCUUCCAGUACCUCACCAACACGCUGCAGGCGCUCGGCAAUGCUGGAAAUAAUUGUACGGCGAGCACUGCACGGAUGUGUAUUUAUGGUCUCCUGUCUUUUGUCAUCACCUCGUUUGAAGAAGACACACUCGGCAGCCAACAGCACCUGAUCAAUGCAGCAUGUGAAGUUCUUGUUGCACCGAGUCUGGCUGAGCUUUUCUGGGAGUCGAAGCCGAACAUGGGCUUGGGUGUGAUUCUGGACAGUGCAGUGGGCGUGUUUCCAUACAAGACUGGACCUUUACUACAGCUGCUCACUGCACUGCUGUCUGACAAAUCUACAGCUAAGAAGGUGUACACCUUCUUAGAUAAGAUGUCAUUCUACACUGAAGCCUAUAAGGACAAACCCAACGACGUGAUCUCCAGAGAGGAUGGCACUCUGUGGAGGAGACAGACUCACAAACUCCUGUACCCUCUGGGGGUUGGGCAGACCAACCUGCGGAUGCCUCAGGGAUGUUUCGGACAGGUGUGUGAAGUAAAACCGCUGUCAGUGGGUGAACAGAGCGUCCUUGUGCGCUGGGAAUAUUCCUACAGCUCAUGGACUCUCUUCACAUGUGAGAUUGAGAUGCUGCUGCAUGUUGUCUCUACUGCAGAUGUGCUGGCACACUGUGAGAGAGUAAAGCCUAUCUUGGAUCUGGUUCAUAAGAUCAUCAGCACUGAUUGGACGGUUUCUGACUGUCUGCUGCCGCUCACAUCACGGAUCUAUAUGCUUCUGCAGAGGUUGACCUCGGUUAUUAACCCUCCAGUAGAUGUGAUUACUUCUUGCGUCAACUGCCUUAUUGCUCUGGCUGCUCGGCAGCCCGGGAAGGUUUGGUCCAGUCUGCAUCACACCGGCUUUCUUCCGUUCGCCUCCACUCCUCUGACUAACAUGGCACAGACCAUGAGUGCAGAGGGCAUGAAGGCGGGUAAUUAUGGCAACCUGCUGGUGUUGAUAGAACAGCCCAGAGGAGAGUACAGUGUAACCAUUGCCUUUUUAAGACUGGUGACCACACUCGUCAAGGGUCAGUUGGGCAGUACUCAGAGCAGAGGACUCAUCCCAUGUGUGCUACUGGUUCUGAAGGAAAUGCUGCCUACUUAUCAUAAAUGGCGGUACAACACGUACGGCGUGCGAGAGACAAUCGGAUGUUUGAUUCUAGAGCUGGUUCAUGCUAUUCUAAAUCUGAGUCAGGAGGGGGCGUCCGAGGGCAGUGCCCCCAGUCUGCAGUCGUUGUGUAUCUUUAGUCUGGCCAACACAGAGGCAGGACAGGCUGUGGUCAACAUCAUGGGUGUGGGAGUGGACACAAUCAACAUGGUGCUAGCAGCACAGCCCAGCAGUGGUGGUUCAGAGGGACCUGGUCAAGUUCUGAUCCAGACAGUGAAGUUGGCGUUCUCAGUCACCAACAAUGUGAUCAGACUCAAACCGCAGUCUGAUACGGCCUCACCUUUGGAGCAAGCUCUGACACAUCACGGUGGUCAUGGCAAUAACCUGAUUGCGGUGUUGGCAAAGUAUAUUUACCACAAGCAUGACCCAGCACUGCCACGACUUGCUAUACAGCUGCUGAAGAGACUUGCCACGGUGGCUCCCAUGUCUGUGUACGCUUGCCUGGGCAGUGACGCCGCUGCCAUCCGGGAUGCGUUUUUGACCCGACUGCAGAGCAGAACUGAAGACAUGCGUAUUAAAGUCACCAUACUUGAGUUCCUCACCGUAGCUGUGGAAACGCAACCCGGACUCAUUGAGCUCUUCCUCAACCUGGAGGCCAAAGAUGGCAGCGAUGGGGCAAAGGAGUUUUCUCUGGGAGCGUGGAGUUGUUUGUCGGUGGUGCUGGAGUUGUUGGACUCUAAGCAGCAGGGGAAGUACUGGUGUCCUCCUCUCCUGCAGAGGGCGGCACUGGCCUUCCUCCAUGCGCUCUGGCAGGACAGACGGGACAGCGCUCUCUCCGUGCUCAGGACCAAAGAAAAAUUCUGGGAAAACCUCACAACUCCUUUAUUUGGAAACUUACCUCCCCCAUCCGAGACCACCGAGCCAUGUGUUCUGGAGUCUUGUGCCUUUGUGAUGAAGAUAAUCGCCCUUGAGAUCUACUAUGUUGUCAGUGGCGUGUUGGAUCCAUCGCUGAAAGCGGCUCUAGAGAGUUUCAGCAGUAAGCGCCGCUAUGAGUUCUGGUCAGACUAUGUGCGUGAUCUGGUGUUUGUGGCGUGUGAUGGAGAAGAGGAGGGUCUGCGCUCUCUGUCUGAGUCUCAGAUGCUCAUCUCUGCCUGGAGAACGUUUUUAAUACUCUCCACCAGUCAUUCUGAGGUGAUGCAUCUGAAGGAUGACACUGUCAGGCAAAAGCUUUUCAUGGACGUUUUGGAAGGUACCAAAGCAGCACUGCUGAUGUCUCAGUCUGUGUUCUGUCUCCGUCUGGGCUCCAUGAUGGUCACACUGCUCCUCAUCCUCCUCAAACAGUGGAAAAGUGUGUUGGUGUCUGCUCCAGCUCUACUGACGCCCUUGUCUUUGAUGAUGGAGAGCGUUCUGCACGCUGAACAACAGCUCAUGGACCGAACCAAAGCCAAACUCCUGUCAGCUCUCAUCUUAGCUCUACAUAUACAAGGACUCAACGGAGGAGAGAUUACCCAGCUUCCCCAGCUGCUGUUGUGCAUGUGUGAGAUGGUUCAGGACGAAGCCCUGGCGUUGAUUGACAGCACACGUCACAUGAUCCAGAGGGGUGACGUUCAGGAGGACAGCAUGGAGACAGACAGCCCGCAUUUCCAGAAAGACCAGCGAGACUCAGUGUGUGUGUUAGCUCUUCAUCUCUCUAAAGAGUUGUGUCGUGCCGAUGAGGAUGGUGAGCAGUGGCUGCAGGUGGUCCGGAAGCUGCCAGUUCUGCCGUCGGUUCUGAGCGCUCUAGAACUGAGCCUGCGUUCCAAACAGAACCUUUACUUCACCGAGGCAGCGCUUCAUCUGCUGCUCACACUCGCGAGAACACCGCAGGGGGCGGCAGCAGUGGCAGGUGCCGGAGUGAUCCAGAGCAUCUGUCUUCCUCUCCUCAGUGUGUAUGAGGGUCCAGCUAAUGGAGCCUCUCAGGCGUUUGUGCGUAAGUCUCAGGACGCUCCCAGCUGGCCUGGUGUGUACAGAUUGAGUUUGUCUCUGAUGGAAAGUCUGCUGAAAACUCUCCGUUACAACUUCAUUAAUGAGGCGCUCGACUUUGUGGGCGUGCACCAAGAGCGCAUCCUUCAGUGUCUGAAUGCGGUGAGGACGGUUCAGUCUCUGGCGUGUCUGGAUGAGGCCGAUCACACGGUGGGCUUCUUGCUCCAGCUCUCCAACUUCUGCAAGGAGUGGCAGUUCCACCUGCCGCAGCUGCUGAGAGACGUGCAGGUGAAUCUGUGCUAUCUGUGUCAGACGUGUACGUACCUCCUUCACAGCAAGAAGAUGCUGCACCAUUACCUGCAGGUUAAGAAUGGGGAGGGGCUUCCUCAGGGGCCACACCCCCAGCGUGCCGCUCAGCCCGCCUCUAAAGAGCAGGUGGAGGGCGAGAGAGAAGAGGCGGAGUCUAAAGCCCUGCAGGCGGUGCAGUGCAGCCUGUUAAAGAUCCUCAGUAAAACACUGGCCACGUUACAGCACUUCACGCCCGACUGCUGUCAGAUAUUACUGGACCAGUCUAUGGACCUUGCGGAGUACAGGACUCUGUUUGUGUUGAAGUUUCACCACUCCCUGCGUUUGACUCCGAUGUGGCGGCCGUCGUUUGGCACUCUGAUGGCCACUAUUAAUGUGGCGCUGAGCAUGCUGGGAGAGAUUGAGAAGAAGAAAGAGCCGGUUGUCUCCUCUGAGGACACACAAGCACUAAAGUCUUUGCUGAUGUUCUCCAUGGAGAACUGCUUCUACGUGUUGAUCUCUCAGGCUGUCCGUUGUCUGAAGGAUCCUUCAGUUUUUCCCCGAGACAAACAGAGACUUAAACAGGAGCUCAGCUCAGAGCUGAGUACACUAUUGUCCACAUUAUUCCGUUUUUUCCGCCGAGGUUCCCCUUCCUCCCCAGCGAGCGGGCUGCUUCCCUCACCACAAACCAAACCACCCGCACCAGGAUCCAAGGGCACGCCGGAGGGCCAGGAGCCCUUCAUCCAGCUGGUCCAAGCCUUCGUCCGGCACGUCCAGCGCUGAUGCGCGUGGCGCCGCAAACCUUCUGCUCUGAGAAGAGGG